AUGGUGAAAUUGGCAUGGACAAUUCUCAACAGCAAGGAUGAGCUUUGGGUUAAGGUGAUGCAGGGGAAGUACUUUCAUCAUCGUGAAGGGAGAAUCACUGGAAUGAAGAAAAGUUUCCAUUCCAGCCUUUGGAGAGGCAUUCUCAAAGCCUACCCUCUGAUGCAAAAAGCUACUGUCUGGAGUAUUAGGGAUGGGCAAACAACUGAGUUUUGGAACCACCCCUGGAUUGAUCAUGACACAAUACUGGAGGAACACUGCCUCAGAACCCUGACUGAUGAUGAGAAACUUACCUCAGUUGCUGAUAUGGUGAAUGAACAAGGUGAGUGGGAUUGGACAAAGCUUAACUCUCUCCUCCCUAAUGUUUGGUUGUCUCGCAUUGCAGGGAUGGAAACUCCAAAACAUGGAUUGGGGGAGGACACCACUAUCUGGGGACUUGAACAAGAUGGACGAUUCAGGCUGAAGUCGGCCUACCUGCUUGCUGCGAACGAGAUUGACAUGAUGGAUGAUCAGGGCUGGAAGGAGCUGUGGAAGUGGAGUGGACCAAGCAGAGUGAAACACUUCCUCUGGCUGGUCAUGCACAACAGGCUUCUCACCAACCACGAAAGAACGAUUAGAAAACUUACAAAUGAUGGCAGCUGCAAGGCCUGCAACGAUGGUUUGGAACCAAUUAAGCACAUCCUGAGGAAUUGCAAAAAAACAGAGGGAGUCAGACAUUUCUUCAGAAUCGGACAAUAUGUCCAUGAUACAAGAAAUUUCAAACAAUGGAUGAUGGAGAACCUGAAUGAUGCUGAGAAAGGAUUUGAAUUUGGUAUCAUGUGUUGGAUGAUUUGGAAGCAAAGAAAUGAGGAGACUUUGGAUGGGAAAAAGUUCUCCGAAACAGGGCUCAUUAGCAAGAUUGUCUCCUGGAUUCGAGUGUACCAGCAAGCAAAGAUUAACGAGGAGAGGAGCAUUCUAUCACCAAGGAAUCAGCUCAUCUCCACCCCCAUUACUUGGAGGCCACCAAGGGAGAACUGGGUCCAAAUCCAAACUGACGGAUCUGUUCUUCAAAGUUCAGGGAAGGCGGUGGCGGGAGGGCUCAUUCGUGAUCAUCUUGGCAGGUGUCUUGACGCUUUCAUCUGUAACUUAGGGAAUUGCACGAUCACCAUAGCCAAACUUAAAGGCGCUGAAAUUGGACUACAAAGAGCGUGGGACAAAGGGCACCGAAAGGUUGAGCUCAACCUCGACUCUAUGACGACGAUCAGUAUCAUGAAGAACAACAAAGACACGGAUCAUCGUUAUGGACUCAUUGCUGCACGUAUUGGAACUCUGCUGGAUUUUGAAUGGGAUGUCAAGUUUUUGUAA